AUCAGGGACAAAACAGUCAUUAUAACGCUAAUCCACGACUGAUCAGAGAGAAGAGAAAGGUCCGACCAGCUUAGAAUCCGCAAAUAAUUCAAAGUAGCUUCUAAAUUCUCUCCCUCAUCUUUGAAGUCCGACGUACAUCCCGUCGAGUUCGUCUCCGUACGACCGACAAUCAAAUCGAGAACCAUGCCUUCCCGUAGAAGAACCCUCUUGAAGGUUAUCAUCCUCGGUGACAGCGGGGUUGGAAAGACCUCUUUGAUGAAUCAAUAUGUAAAUAAGAAGUUUAGCAAUCAGUACAAGGCAACUAUUGGAGCGGAUUUUUUGACGAAGGAAGUUCAGUUCGAAGAUAGGCUCUUUACCUUGCAGAUUUGGGAUACAGCUGGCCAGGAAAGAUUCCAAAGUUUAGGUGUUGCUUUCUAUCGUGGUGCUGAUUGUUGUGUUCUUGUUUAUGAUGUCAAUUCAAUGAAGUCAUUUGACAACCUUAACAACUGGAGGGAAGAAUUUCUUAUUCAGGCAAGUCCCUCGGAUCCCGAAAACUUUCCAUUUGUUGUUUUAGGAAACAAAGUUGACGUUGAUGGAGGAAACAGUAGAGUGGUUUCGGAGAAAAAAGCUCGAGCGUGGUGUGCCUCGAAAGGAAAUAUUCCGUACUUUGAGACCUCUGCCAAGGAAGGCAUUAAUGUGGAAGAAGCUUUUCAGUGCAUAGCAAAGAAUGCCCUAAAGAGUGGUGAAGAGGAGGAGAUUUACCUGCCUGACACCAUUGAUGUUGCUACCAACAAUCAGCCAAGAUCAACUGGGUGUGAGUGCUAAAUGACGCCUGUGGCCUAUUUUUUUCCCAGCUGCAAAUGCUUGAAACUAUGUCCCUUUUUAGCGGUUAUUUGUGUGUAUGGAUCUAGACUGUAAAUUAACGUUGUCGGGAAAACAAAUUGAUCUAUUGGUUCAGGUCUUGGCGCUUUUUAUUGAAGUACUCCUUGAUGUAAUUUAAUUGAAUGUUGGGCAUUCUCCAAUUAUUGAUUGCAUUCCUGCCGUCCUUAUGGUGUUAUGAAGAUAGUGUCAUCUAAUAA